GAAUGUAGCUCACUGUGAAGGCCCUGGGUUCAAUCCCAGGUAUCCUGUAGUAAAAUAAAUAAUAAUGAAAAAGUUGAAAAUCCAGUGGCAGGUACAGCUUCAUACAGGGCUGGAUGUGGGUUCUAUGUAUUUCCGCAGAUGGCUCUUUUUACCUUCCAGUCACCUUCACAGUUUUAGGCAGGCUUUCACUGGCCCAGGCUUGUCACAGGGCUAUCACUGUCAUUUGCCUGCUGUGUGAAGGAAGUAAGGUUGGCCUGCCAAAAUCACGUGGACUAUGUGGAGGAGGGAGGUUCCCUCAAAUCAGAGCCAGCCAAAAAUCAGUUAGUUCUGUACCAGGCUGGCAAACCAGACCCACCUUGUGAGAAAUGGUGAGGAAGUUCUUCAGGCUUGAAGCAAGUGACCUUGGGUAGUAAUUUGAAUAUACACGAAAACAAAAACACCAGACCGAAGUAAAGUUAGUUACGUAACUACAAAAGAGUGUUACAGGCCAGGUAUGGUGGCUUAUGCUUGUAAUAGAAUACCUGACCAACACAGGAUACUUAUGAAGUAAAGAGGGGUUUAUUUUGGCUCAUUGUUCUGGAAAUUCAAGUCCAAGACUGGGUGUCCCCUCGAUUUGGCCCUGGAUUGAGGACAGCACACCGUGGCAGGAGGGGAGGAGCAGAUUGCUCAUUUCACAAAUGAGAAGCAGACAGACUGUGAGACUGGGGUUCCACAGUUCCUUUUGAGAGCGCCCUUGGUGACCUAAGGACCUCUUGCUAGGCCCCGACCCUUAAAGGGCCACAAUACCUCCCUCUACUGCUACCCUGGGGACCAAGCUUGCACAUGGGGACGUUUGGGGACAUUCAUCCAAACCAUAGCCACUUUCAUUGGGGAUUAAGUUUCCAACAUGAUUUUUUUUGGGAUCCAUUAAAACCAUAGCAAUUGUUUUAUGCAGUUUCUGCCUUUGUGUUAUAUUUAACAACAAAAUAUUUAGACAAAAGUGUGGUUCAUUGUGUUAGUUGGCUAUUGCUGUGGGUGGUGCUGCAUAAACUCAGUGGCCUAAGAUACCGAACAUUUGUUCUUGCUCCAGUCUGCAGGUUUGCUGGGCUGGGUGAUGUGGGAAGCCACACGGGUGUGUGCCUGGCAAGCUCAGGGGUCUGCUGGGCCUCUCAUCCUCCAGCAGGCUGGCUCUGGCUUGUUCUCCUACCUCACACAGGGGUCCUAAGGAGAAAGUGGGUGCCACUGAACAUCUUCGAAAUCCUUUUGACUAAAGCCUGUCACUUCACACAGCCAGCCCAGAUUCCAGAAGCAGAAAUAGACCCUCUCUUGUUGGGAGAAGGUAGAGUCCUAUUUCCAAGGGCAUGGAUAGGGGAAGGGAUGGUGAGAACCUUUUGCCAUCAGUCUCUAACACUGGAACAUCUUCCCCCUUUGAAAGUAAAACCAUCUGAGCUGUUGGGUACAGACACCCACUGCGUGUCCUCACUCAAACAACUGAAAACAAAAAGCUGGGCAUGAUGCAUGUCUGCUACCCUAGAACUCUGGGAGGCUGAGGCAGGAGGAUUGUGAGUUUGAGGCCAGCCUGGAGGGUCCUUAUGUGGCCACUGCCUCUGGUGCUGCAGGUUCCCACACAGGCACUGUCAGCUCCUGGAACAAGCCAGGUUUUCCCUCCGCCUCCAGCAAACUCCCCCCUUACCUAACAACCUUCUGUUCUGUAUCUAUUUCAUUUGUUCCACACACAUUCCUUGAGUACCUUCUGUCUGCUGGGUCUUGUCCUAGGCACUGAGGAUAUAUCAGUGAACAAGGCAGAUGAAGUAGCCUGGCCUGGUGGGAUACUCUGGGACACUGAGGCAGGAGGGUGGAAAGUUUGAGCACAGCCUGGGCAACCUAGCAACCUAGGAAAACCCUGUCUGUAAAUAAAUGAAUAGGGCUGGGAAUGUAGCUCAGUUGAACCAUCACUGAGUUCAAUUCCCUCUAUCCCCCGCCCCCGCAAAGCCUCACCAGUAACAGCUAGGAUGGAGCCCCAGCCCUGUUACUCACUAGUGGUGGACACCACCGAGUCUUGUGUAAACACACCUUCCCUGUAGUGGUCGCUGCUUCCCCCCCCCCCCCAUCGCCCAGCUGAUCUCUUUUCUAGGAAGUGCUGAUUGCUGCAGACUUGGUUGCUCCUCUUUUAGAUCCUGGCCCCGGCCACUAUUGUCACUCCCAUGGACAGGAAGCCUGGUGAGGACAGGUUCUAGUCACUGUCCUGUCCCCAGAGUCACCCAGCACAAAACCAUGUACACAGGAGGCUCUAGUAAACUUGCUGAGCUCGCGGAUCUGUGGAACUUCCGCCCACGGGACUGCUGUGUCACAGUGCCCCCUUGUGGUCACCUCAAGAUUUAGAACCCUGGUGCCUGAGGCAGCGGGACGUGGCGGGACCCCCAACCCGGGUUACCAGGGUCCCUCCUGGUCCCCAUGAACCACCAGGGGCGGGCCCCAGCCCCUUCCCCGGCCCGGCACUCAACCCCAGUCCGGACUUCCAUCUCGUCCCGGAUCCCAACUCUGGUCGGGAAUUUGACCCCAAUCCGGGUCUCGACCCCUAUCCGGGCCCCGACCCCAGUCCGGACUCUGACCCGGGUCCGGACCCCGACCCCGAUCCGGACCCCCACCCCAGUCCGGACUCCAACUCUGGUGCGAACCACGACCCCAGUUCGGGCCUCUACCCUGGUCUGGACCCCGACUCCAGUCCAGACUCUGACCUUGGACCAGACGCGGACUCUGGUCCAGUUCCCUGCACCAGCCCUAGCCCCAGCCCCAGCCUCAGCCUCCGCUCCAGCCUGGGUUCCGGCCGUAGUGGCCGCUGCAGAAUCAUUCCUGAACCCGGUGCCACCUUUGGGUCCACUCUCAGAACCUCCUCCAGAGGCAACUUUGUCUCCUGGCAAUGAUCCUGCGCAUGGCCCGAAGCACGACGAGGCACCGGUCGGCACCGUCGCCAGGCCGGACCUGGAGCCCCUUUCCCGCCUCACCCCGUCGGGCGCUGCCGAUCUGGGCCCCGCCUUGGGGGCCUCCCCAAGGGCAGACCCAAAGGUCGCCAAGCUGACAGGUGCCCCCUACCCCUGGCCCCAUCGUGCCAUUUCUACCAGUUUCCACCGCUGCACUCACCUCCGCCACCGAGAACUUCCACCCGGACAACAGAAUCUUGAUUCGUGUGACCUACCUGGAGAGGGGCUGCCGGCUCUGACACCGGCUUCCGGUGAUGUGGAGGUUGAGCCUUCAGUGGUCUCUGAAGCUAUGGCCUUCGGCCCUCAGUACGUUCUACUGAAAAAGAGUCUGGAGCAGCAAUUUCCAAAUCUUCUGCGCUUUGAGGACGAAAGAGUGGCCCAGGCUACGGGAGAGUUUGAAGUGUUUGCGGAGGGGAAACUAGUCCAUUCAAAGAAGCAAGGCGAUGGCUUUGUGGAUGAGGGCAGGCUGCAGACGAUCGUGGACGCUAUCAACGCGGAGAUCAAGAGAAGGUAGCAGGCCGUGGUGGGGCUGAGGAGCCGCAGCAGGAUGAUGAGAAGGGCUGAAAUGUAGCCGAGUCAGGUCCUUUUCUGAUGGUGGCUGGGGCUGGGGUGAGCUGGGGAGGGCUGCAAGGAAAUACAGAACCUUCCUGCAGUGGAUCUGGCCUGACUGUGUCCAUGCACUCAUGACCAAGGUCUGGGGAAGUCACCUGCUACAGGGAUCCCAGCAUACCCCCUCCCUUCUUCUUCCCCCUUCCCCUUCUGCCCUGGGGGUAAGGGGUAGGAGUGAGGGAGAGGAGGGUCCGUGUUGUGGCUGGGCCUUAAAUGUCCCCCAGGGACUCAUAUGCUGCAGGCUUGCUGUCCCCAGACUUGGGUGCUCCUGGGUAGUGGUGACACCAUUAGCAGGUGAGGCCUAGUGAAGGAAGUCGAGUCAUUGGGGGAGCCCUUGAAGGGGACAGUGGGACCCCAACCCUUCCCCUCUUUGCUUCCCUGCCGCCAUGGGGUGAGCUGAUGUCCUCUGCCACACGCUCCCGCCAUGAGGUACAGGGACACUACAGGCCCAGAGCAGCAGGGCCAACUGGCCAUGGACUAAAAGCUCGGAAGCCGUGAGCCCAAAGCACUCCUCCUUAUAAGCCAAGUCUCAGGUAUUUUGUUCCCUCCCUCCCUC